AUGGUCCCUCACGGCGGAAAAAAGGAGCCGUUACUCAACAACAGGCCAUACGAUCCGCAUGGGUUGCCAGAUUUUGAAAUCGACUUCAUCAGUAAUGAUGAGCUCGAGGCUUUCUCAAAUGCCCUGGCGGCUCCCACUACGACACCCGUCACAGCGCUGAACGAUUGGCGCCCUAUCCGUCAAAAGAUCAAGAAGGCCAAGCGGCGUAGAGAGGCCCGACGGACCAAGGACGAGACUCGAGAAGGCUUCGUUUAUACUCUCCUCUACUACCCUCUGCUGUUCGGUGUUCUCAGCUGGAUUAUUUUUCUUUUCGCUGCUUAUAAUCUCACAAGGCUCUACAUCUAUGCGUAUGAACACCUAUUCUCAUGGGUGGGCAAGCGUGAGACCAUCAGAAGGCAACUCCAGCACGCCGACUCGUACGAUGAAUGGAAAGAGGCGGCGCAGAGGCUAGACAAUCACCUCAGUAAUGAGCAGUGGAAGCGAACCGAUCCAUAUUCGUAUUACAAUCACCAGACCGUGGGUCGCGUGAAUGACCAGCUUGUCGCCCUGCUUCAGACAAUGGAGCAGGACACCCAGGACAGUUUGAAGGCGAAGGCAACUAACGAACUAAAGGCUUUACUGGAGGCAUGCAUCAAGAACAACUUCGUUGGCAUUGAGAGCCCACGGCUUUACAGCGAAACUUACUACGGCACCAAGGACUUGGUACAGUCCUUUACCGACCAUGUCGAGCAAGGCCUCCGGGCGGUUUUGCACAGCCAGUACAUCUCCGAUCGAGACAAGGGGACCUUUUUCAGGCAUCUCGAGUUGAACUUUGGCCGAACAGCACUUCUACUCUCCGGCGGAGCUACUUUUGCAUAUUGCCACUUUGGAGUUGUCAGGGCUCUUCUCGAAACUGGCGAGCUGCCAGAGAUCAUUACAGGUACCUCCGGUGGUGCCAUAGUCGCCGCUCUCGUUUGCACACGGACAAACGACGAGCUGAAGCAGCUCUUAGUGCCCGCGCUUGCAUACCGAAUACGCGCUUGUCACGAAGGCUUUACAACGUGGGUCAGGAGGUGGUGGCGUACGGGCGCGCGCUUUGACUCUCUUGACUGGGCAAAGCAGGCAGCGUGGUUUUGUCGUGGAUCGCUUACCUUCCGAGAAGCAUAUGAACGCACAGGACGCAUUCUCAAUGUCUCCUGCGUUCCAUCUGAUCCGCAUUCACCAGUGCUGCUCAACAACCACAUUACUUCUCCCGACUGCGUGAUCUGGUCGGCGGUGUUGGCUUCGGCUGCUGUUCCUGGAAUACUCAACCCUAUUGUACUCAUGCGGAAAUACCCAGAUGGAACCUUGGGCCCUUACUCCUUCGGUAACAAGUGGAAAGACGGCAGUCUGCGGACCGACAUUCCCCUAAAAUCGCUGAACAUACACUUCAACGUCAAUUUUUCCAUUGUGUCACAAGUCAAUCCUCACAUUAACCUAUUCUUUUUCUCGCCUCGAGGAUCUCCUGGCCGACCUGUGAGCCAUCGGCGUGGGAGGGGCUGGCGGGGGGGUUUUUUGGGCUCUUCUAUUGAGACUGCCAUCAAGCUGGACCUGCAAAAAUAUUUGAAGAUAUUGAAACACUUAGAGCUCCUUCCAAGACCAUUAGGCUCGGACUGGUCAGAGAUCUGGUUGCAGCGGUUCUCGGGAACAAUCACCAUCUGGCCCAAAACCAGACUCAGCGAUUUCUGGUAUAUACUGAGUGACCCAAGUCCUGCCAGGCUUGAACGGAUGAUUAAAGCUGGAGAACGAAGCUGCUGGCCGAAGAUCAAGUUCAUUUCGAACCGGAUGAAGGUCGAAAAUGUGAUCCUGGACGGCCUUCGAAAAAUGGGAGCCGCUGCCACCAAUGCGGCUGGCCCUUCACAUGCGCUGGAGCAGCAGGACAAGGAGACUAAACUUGAUCUUCCUGACUCUAGCGACGACAAUGUGUCCUCAGCAGGUCAGGAAGCUCACCCACCCGCCUACGAGGCACGGAUGGGCCGGCGUCAGAGUAGCAUUAUAGAAGAAUUGAGCAGGCAAGCAUCGGUAUUAUGGCAUGACGGAACAGAGGUGGAGGACGGGGCAACGACGACAGAGGACGAAGGCGAGGAAGAAGAAAUUUCCAGACAGAAAAGAGACUAG